AGAAAAAGAAAGUUGCCCAAAUUUCUUUACUUUUUCUUUCAAAAGCAGAGAGAGAUUUCUCUGUACCAACCCCACACACUCCCACAGAGAGAGAGAAAAAACAAUGGCAGUUUCGAUACCCAUAGUCGCCAUCGUUACCUCCCUCCACCUCAUCGCCUUCAUCUUCGCCGUCGGCGCCGAACGACGCCGUAGCACGGCGAAGAUAGUGCCCGAUGAGUACGACGAGCGUACCUACUGCGUGUACGGCACGGACGCCUCCACGGUGUACGGAUUAGCGGCGUUUGGGCUGCUUGUCGUCAGCCAGACGGUGCUUAACGUCGUCACCAGGUGUCUCUGCUGCGGCAAAGGUCUAGUCACUGGCUCCUCCACCACUUGGACCGUCUUCUUCUUCGUCUUCUCCUGGACAACCUUUUUGGGAGCGGAGGCGUGCUUGUUGGCUGGGUCGGCAAAGAAUGCAUACCACACCAAGUACCGGGGAAUCUUCAAAGUAGAUGACUUGUCCUGUGCUACUCUGCGCAAGGGCGUGUUUGCCGCCGGCGCUGCUCUUACGCUGUUGUCACUGGCAGGAUCAAGUCUUUACUACUGGGCACAUUCCAAAGCUGAUACUGGGGGAUGGGAGAAGCACCGAAACGAAGGCCUUGACAUGAGCAGUUCUAACUACGGGCAGCACGAGCAGCACGAGCAGCAGGAACAACAAACCAGUGGAUUUCAGAAGGUGUAAUUCUGCUGUUAGGUUCGUUCUUUGGGGGGUCGGUGAUUGUGGUAUGAGAUUGAGAAGAAGAUCAUCAAUUCCGCAGUUUUGGUGGCUUUUGUCGAUCGAGGGGAAAGAAAUGGUGGGAGCAAAAUAUGAAAUGAGCUGGAGACUUGUAUAUGCUAUGUCAUCAUAUAUAUGUUAGAAGUGGAAGUAUAAAUUCCCCAAUCAUAUAUAUUCCCCAACUUUUUUUGGUUGAUUUUCCAUUUUUCUUCACUUCAAUCUUCUGAAUUUGUGGUAUGCGUAUGUACGUUGUGUUUUGGUAUAUAAAUAUCUAUAUAGCACUGUUAUAAAAA